GGGAAUUAAGAAAAUGGCGGGUGUAGAAGCUAUGGAGGUGGAAGCUGUGGCAACUCCAGUGAAACCUGCAAAAGAAAAUGUCAAAUCAACUGGUUAUGAAAUGCCAUGGGUAGAAAAGUACCGACCAACUAAACUGCACGAAAUUGUCGGCAAUGAAGAGACAAUCAGCAGACUCUCAGUAUUUGCGAAAGAAGGAAAUGUGCCAAACGUCAUUAUCGCAGGUCCUCCAGGAACAGGCAAGACAACAAGCAUCCUCUGUCUGGCCAGGGCUCUACUGGGGACCUCAUUCCGAGAUGCUGUGCUGGAGCUCAAUGCUUCCAAUGACAGAGGUAUUGACGUAGUGAGAAAUAAAAUCAAGAUGUUUGCACAGCAGAAAGUCACACUCCCCAAAGGAAGACACAAAGUCAUCAUCCUGGAUGAAGCUGACAGUAUGACCGAGGGAGCCCAGCAGGCCUUGAGGAGGACUAUGGAGAUCUACUCAAAAACAACCAGAUUUGCACUGGCCUGUAACUCUUCCGAAAAAAUAAUAGAACCCAUCCAGUCGCGGUGUGCGGUGUUGCGCUACUCCAAGUUGUCAGACGGCCAGCUGUUGGCGCGUCUCCUGGAGGUGUGUGACAAGGAGGGGGUGAGCUUCAAUGACGAGGGGCUGGAGGCCAUCAUCUUCACCGCCCAGGGGGACAUGAGACAGGCUAUCAACAACUUACAGUCAACGUUCCAGGGGUUUGGCCAUGUCAGUACAGAAAAUGUAUUUAAGGUGUGUGACGAGCCCCACCCUGUGACAAUCAAGCACAUGCUGGACCACUGCGUCACAGGCAACCUGGACGAGGCGUACAAGAUGAUGGCGCACCUGUGGGGGCUCGGGUACUCCCCCCAUGACAUCAUCACCAUCAUCUUCAGGGUCUGCAAGAACCAGAACAUGCCGGAAUUUCUUAAACUCGAGUUCAUCAAAGAGAUCGGCUACACCCACAUGCGGAUAGUGGAGGGGGUGGACUCGCUGCUGCAGAUGGCGGGGAUGCUGGCCAGGCUGUGUAAACUAUCUGCAACUCCAGGGACGGCAGUGGGACAGUGACCUGCAUCAGCAACAACGCUCUCACAUCAGACAGCAUCCCUAGUGCUGGGUUAUGGGACCACAAGGAUAAUGCUCUGGGAAGAACUUGUAUGCUUGUGAUAGAAAACUUUGAUUGUGACCAAAUUGCAGACUUGUAUCAUGAUUGUAACCAAAUUGCAGACGUGUAUCAUGAUUUACAAACUGAUCAAAUUCAUGAGAGGUCAAAAGAAUGCUUGUUUACAUUUGAUCAUCUAUGUUUACAGUUUCCAGCUUCUGUCUUUUUAUGUUGCACAAUGGAGUUAAUAUUAGGGCUUGGACGAUACACCAACUGUGCUAUCCGAUACGUAUCGUGAUACCUUGCUCACGAUCCUAUACGUGUCACGAUUCUUGCAUGUGCUCUGUGAUGCGUAAGCCAUCUUUGUCAUACACAGGAUGGCCAAAUACCUGGCACAUUUACAAUUUAUAUUUAGCAGUGUCAAGUAUGUCACAAUGUAUGAAAAUAAUUGUUUUCACUGCUCAUUUCCAGUAAUUAGUGUUUGGUGUAAGAUUUAUUAAAGAAUACAUUUAAGAAAGAAUCGAUACAUUUUACUUGUGUGCAAUUGUGAUCAAUACUUGUAUCGAGAAGUAAAAAAUCACGAUCCACCGAUGCAUCAGUGUAUCGUCCCACCACUAGUUACCAUGGUUACAUGUAACAUCAGCCUCUUCGUGAAUGGUCCAUACGAUGGGAAAAAUUACUUUUCAUGAAUAUUUCAUUAACAUUCUCAAAAUGAUCUGUAAACAUCUCGUCUACAUCUUAAGAGAUUUGUAGACAUCUGUCAAGUUCAUGUACAACCCACAUGUUGAUGUAAUUCUGUACUUGUCAUAUUGUUAUCAUUGUUGUAAAUAAUGCUCAUUCUUAGUAAACAUGUACCAUUUCCA